UGUGAAUAUAGCAAAGUAGGUUUCGAAUAGUCAAAGUCUAAACUGCUAGACUACGCAGUUAUGUGUUUGUUACUUAAUUGACGCCUGAAGUGAGUGAAGAUGUUUUCAGCUUGCUGUCAGUGCAGUAAGAGCAAGAAGAAAUUACUCUUAUUUAUAUGUGAUUUGAGGUUCUCACGGAAGCGAAUGUGAAAAUUGCUUUGUAAUAGAAUGUGGCGUAGUGUAGUAUGGUAGGAAGGUAGUUACGUUUCGGUGUAACAUGCUGCUUCGAUAUUCAGGGUAGAAAAUAGAACCUGCCGCCUCCAUCCUCGGACAGAAGGUGAAUUUAGGAAUUUCUCCAAAGUAUUGAUAUCUUUUUACCAGGCUAUACGGCGUUACAGAAGACUUUGAAUUUUUAGAUUAAAACAUUUUAUAAGUAUAUUCAAAAUCAGCAGUUACUUCUGAGAAGUGCAGUAGAAGAUAAUGACAAUGGCAGCAGAGAGACUGAAGAUUAUUUUUCACCAUCUUCAUGGAAAGCAUGGCAUGUUUGCUCCUAGACCUUCUGAAACUGGAGCAAUAGCAGAACAACCAUCUACAGAAAAUUUCAAGUACACCACAGACAAUUCAUUACUCAGCUAUAACCAGAGGACUUUUUAUGAAGAAAAUGGUUACCUUGUGAUACCACGUCUAGUUGAAGAUGAACUCAUAGAGGAAUGUCGUCAAAGGUUUGUUGAUAUCUGUGAAGGCCAUGUGCCACAAGGACAUAUGACCCUGAUGAAGGAUAUUUCACUAAUCAAGACAAAUGCAACAGGUCAAUACUUGUAUUACAAGGUGCAAGAUAUUGUUUGGGACGAUGUUUUCUCAAAGUAUAUUCUACAUCCAAAGGUGCUGGAUUAUGUGGAAUGUUUCACAGGUCCCAACAUCAAAGCAAUGCAUACUAUGCUUAUCAACAAACCUCCAGAUUCAGGAAAGUUGACAUCAAAACAUCCACUACAUCAGGAUCUACACUACUUCCCAUUCAGACCUCCUGAAUGCAUUGUGGCUGCAUGGACUGCAAUGGAGAGAGUGAACGAAGAUAAUGGUUGUCUGGUUGUGAUUCCAGGAACCCAUAAGGGAGAACUACUGACACAUGAUUAUCCAAAGUGGGAUCAUAAAGUUAACAAAGCAUUCCAUCGAGUUGAAGGAUUUGCUGAUCAUCCAUUGGUAGCGCUUCCAAUGGAAAAGGGAGAUACUGUUUUCUUCCAUCCACUUCUUAUUCAUGGCUCUGGUAUUAACAAGACUAAGGGUUUCCGUAAAGCAAUUUCCUGCCAUUAUGCAGCUUCAGAAUGCUAUUAUAUUGAUGUGGAAGGAACAACACAAGAAAAUAUUGCCAGGGAGGUUCAGGAGAUGACAUCUCGCAAGGGAAUUGAACUUGACUUCCAGACUGUGUGGAAGAUUAGGGGGCGAAUGGUACGAGGAAAGGAACUGACAUUGUAAGCUGUCGAAGAAUGUUCUUCACUGGAUAACAGCAAGAUGAAGGGUUCAGCAUUUUAAUCCAGGCUGCUGUGCUGUGCAUGAGAGCAAGUAUUGCAGGAGCAGUGUCUGUCUGAUAGGGACACUGAUAAGAAGGGUGACAGCACCAAGCAUCUCACUCAUCCACUCACUCACAGCUCCUGUUUGAAUAGUCAUGUGUUUCUUUAAUCUGUACUACUGUUACCAGGCUGCCAACUGGGCAAAAUAAUUCAGUAGGUAAGGGAAAGUUGUCCCUGUGCUUAAUUAAUUAACCACUAUGCCAUGUACACAUAUGAGGGGGGUGGAGGUAUAACUCCACCAUUCUUAACCUCAGCACUAGAUGGUGGUGAGUGGUCAGUUCCAACCCCUGCCAUAUUCCCCCCCCCGGGAAAGAGCCCCAGUAUUUACUGGAUAGGAGGCUAGAUUAAACAGAAAUACUGAUCAAAUUCCACACUACCCUUAUAUCACAACUAAGACAAUUUUGGAUUUGUAUGGCAAAUACAAUGUAUGCUCAUGUCUCAUAACAUGCACAUACAUUUGUUUAGUUAGGAAGCUGAUAGACAGGGAUCAGUAUCACAUUCCUUGGCACAGUUAUAUGAACUACAUCUAAAUCAUUUGUUAGGCAGCAGCAACUUAACAUCAGGUACAUCAAAUAUCUGGCAAGAGACUGGCUAGCUAACAUUUGUUUUCCACACUCCAAAAACAAACAUUCAAGGACACUGUCCUAGAACAGCCUACAGUCUUCCAGUUACAUCAUUCAUACAUAUCAUUCAAAACUGCUGAUAAAUAGCAAACAAGGACAUCUAUAAUUUUUUAUAUUGUUCCAUUAAUGUUUUUUAAUUAGCAUUUCAUUGUCCACUGAUGUGUGUCUAGGUGGGAUAUCUUAUGACCUCUUUCUUGUUUCUCCUCCCAUAAUCACUCCUCUUGUACCUGUUUUCAUUCUUUUCUUGCACUCACUUUCAGGUCUCUUCUCAGUUGGUCUCUCCAACCUGUCCCCCCCCCCUCCCCAGUUGUUUAUCAAGCAUCUUCAUUUAUGAUGCUCUCAAGAGAACCUCACUGCUAUCCAUUGGUAACAUGCCUACCCCAGUGUAUGAUAUCUGAUAGGCAACAAGACUCAUUCACUUUGCACAUGAAUUCCAUUUCUGCCACGUCUGGAAACAUUGUAGGACACCCUUUCCUGAUUCAAAAUCCAUUCAAUUCAAUAUGCCGGAUUUUCCAAUUCUCGUAGUUCUUAUAGGUGUUGUAUCCUGACACUCUUGAGGAGAAUAUUGCGAUUUCAUAUCCUUAAUCUUAACACUGUUCUGUUCCUUGGAUCGAUGUACCCUGGCUGAGCUAAGCAUGAUGAGUGCAAAUCCAUGGGUGGUACUGUACAAUUUUUUUUAAAGCUUGUAACAAGUAACAACAAUCUAACCUUUGUACCCUCAAGAACAGACUGUAUAAGCUUAGACAGUGCCGGCUCUCAAACUUAUAGCAGAGACCAGUCUUGACAUGGACUGGGUUACACUCAAAAAUAAUCAAAAGGCACCUGCAUAUCAAUCUGCUGUAGUCAGGUACAUGUCAGCAAACAGACGCACUCUCUGAAAGUUUCCAGUCUUCACAAACAGCACCUCAGCACACCCUCAGUACUAUGUCACUGCAGAGUAUGGAAGUCCGUAACAAUGUAUCAACAUACUGCUUACUGAAAAUAACAUUGGAGAAAUGCUGAGUUACAAAUAAACAAACGUUCUGGAUAUUCGCUGCUUGAAAGUGUAUGUCACAUCCAUCAUCUUUCAUAAUGAAUGAAUAUACCUGAUGACCUUCAUAAUUUUUCUAAUACUGAUGGUACAUUUGUACAUCGUAACCUUAUGUAAUAAUAAUAAUAAAAUUUUUAUAAAGACA